AUGAGUGGAGGGGAGCCCAGGAGGAACAAUUGUAGAGGAGGGAGCAACACCGGGAGAGGAGGGGGCAAUAGCUGGAGAGGAGGGGGCAACACCUGGAGAGGAGGGGGCAACACCUGGAGAGGAGGGGGCAACACCUGGAGAGGAGGGGGCAACACCUGGAGAGGAGGGGGCAACACUUGGAGAGGGUCUUCUUCCUCGAGCAGUGGACGAGGAGCACAAGAGCUGCUUGGUGGCACUCAGAGAGUUUGCACUCAGGCCACAUUAAACUGUGAGUGUCCAUAUAAAGGAUGGGCCCUGUACUUCACAGAAGGUUUUACUGAGAGCUCACCGAACGCAGGCAGAAUCAAAGUGUUUGAAAAGUACUUCACCUCCAAGAUUAACCUAUUUGACAAGGAUGAGAUCGAACGUCAGGGCAGCAUACUUGUGGACUAUGCAGAGCUGAUCAGUGACCAGGUGGUUAUUCAAGAGCUUCCAGACUUAGCCAAAGAACUGAAGGAACAACCAGAGAUGAUCCUCAGCUGCCUGGGUGUGGCUAUUCAUCAGGUGUUGACCUCUGACCUGGAGCGUCAGGCGGCCGAGCUAAAAGGGGACGAGCUGCCGGUCACCACACCGCUCAUAAACAUCCCCCACAUCAGCGCCAGGCUGUAUAACUACGACCCGCUGACUCCGCUGAGGCUACUGAGGGCUAGUGUGUUCGGGCGGCUUGUGUGUGUGCGUGGGACUGUGGUCAGAGUCAGUAACAUCAGGCCGCUCUGCACGCGCCUUGCCUUCCGCUGUCUGGUCUGCUCCCACACUCAGGCUCUGCCGCUCCAGCACGGCCACUCCUGUCUGCCUGCUCCUGUCUGCCUGCUCCUGUCUGCCUACUCCUGUCUGCCUACUCCUGUCUGCCUACUCCUGUCUGCCUGCUCCUGUCGGCCAGCUCCUGUCUGCCUGCUCCUGUCUGCCUGCUCCUGUCUGCCUUCUCCUGUCUACCUGCUCCUGUCUGCCUACUCCUGUCUGCCUGCUCCUGUCUGCCUGCUCCUGUCUGCCUACUCCUGUCUGCCUGCUCCUGUCGGCCAGCUCCCUGUCUGCCUGCUCCUGUCUGCCUACUCCUGUCUGCCUACUCCUGUCUGCCUACUCCUGUCUGCCUGCUCCUGUCGGCCAGCUCCUGUCUGCCUGCUCCUGUCUGCCUGCUCCUGUCUGCCUUCUCCUGUCUACCUGCUCCUGUCUGCCUACUCCUGUCUGCCUGCUCCUGUCUGCCUGCUCCUGUCUGCCUGCUCCUGUCUGCCUGCUCCUGUCUGCCUGCUCCUGUCUGCCUGCUCCUGUCUGCCUGCUCCUGUCUGCCUGCUCCUGUCUGCCUGCUCCUGUCCUGCUCCUGCUCCUGUCUGCCUGCUCCUGUCUGCCUGCUCCUGUCUGCCUGCUCCUGUCUGCCUGCUCCUGUCUGCCUGCUCCUGUCUGCUUGCUCCUGUCUGCCUGCUCCUGUCUGCCUGCUCCUGUCUGCCUGCUCCUGUCUGCCUACUCCUGUCUGCUUGCUCCUGGCCUACUCCUGUGCUGUCUGCCUGCUCCUGUCUGCCUGCUCCUGUCUGCCUGCUCCUGUCUGCCUUCUCCUGUCUGCCUACUCCUGUCUGCCUACUCCUGUCUGCCUACUCCUGUCUGCCUACUCCUGUCUGCCUGCUCCUGUCUGCCUACUCCUGUCUGCCUGCUCCUGUCUGCCUGCUCCUGUCUGCCUGCUCCUGUCUGCCUGCUCCUGUCUGCCUGCUCCUGUCUGCCUGCUCCUGUCUGCCUGCUCGCUCCUGUCUGCCUGCUCCUGUCUGCCUGCUCCUGUCUGCCUGCUCCUGCCUGCCUUGCCUCAUGAGCUCCCCUCUCACACAGACUGUGGACUGGCAAAUUAUCAAGGUUCAAGAGCUGAUUGGUGGAGAGCAGCGGGAGGCGGGUCGUAUUCCCCGCACAGUGGAGUGCCACUUGACCGCUGACCUCUGUGACAGCUGCGUCCCUGGAGACACGGUCACAGUGACGGGCAUCGUGCGAGUGACCAAAGAAGGACUUCAGAGAGGAAACAAGGACCAGUGUAUGUUCCUGUUGUACAUUGAGGCCACUUCUGUCAGUAACACUAAAGGACUUCAGUCAAAAGCGGGAAGUCAAGGUUCAGCUGAAGCUCAUUCUGCAGAGGAGUUCAGUCUGAAAGAGCUCUAUGCUAUUCAGGAGAUCCAGUCACAGCCAGACCUGCUGAAGCUAAUGGUUCACUCCCUGUGUCCUGUCAUCUAUGGUCAUUUGCUCGUAAAAGCCGCUCUUGUGCUGGCUUUAUUUGGAGGCCGACAGAAAAACAUUAACAAGAACAGUGUCCCGGUGCGAGGCGACCCCCAUGUGCUGAUGGUAGGAGACCCUGGGCUCGGCAAGAGUCAAAUGUUACAGGCAGUGUGUAAUGUGGCUCCGAGGGGCAUUUACGUCUGUGGGAACAGCACCAGCAGCACCGGUUUGACGGUCACUUUGUCUCGAGAUGCAGCUACAGGAGACUAUGCUCUGGAGGCAGGAGCUCUGGUACUGGCUGAUCAAGGAGUCUGCUGCAUUGAUGAGUUUGAUAAGUUGGGGAACCAGCAGCAGGCUUUGUUGGAAGCUAUGGAGCAGCAGUCUGUGAGUUUAGCCAAAGCUGGUAUUGUGUCCUCUUUACCUGCUCGUACUUCGGUGGUGGCUGCUGCUAAUCCCAUUGGAGGUCAUUACAACCGUGGGAAAACCGUCUCGGAAAAUCUCAAAAUGGGUUCAGCACUGCUCUCCCGCUUUGAUGUGGUCUUCCUUUUGCUGGACAUCCCAGAUGAGUCACAUGACCGGCGUGUGUCUGAACAUGUGAUGGCCAACAGGUCGGGCAAAGGGAGGAUGAGCAGCAGCGUGGUCAGCAGAGACAAUGGCCAAAUGGAGAGCUCCAUUCUGCUCCAACACUCUGAUCUUCCACUCUCUGAACGACUCCAGGUUUCAAUGGGGGAGACUGUGGACCCAAUUCCCGCCUUCCUGUUCAGGAAGUACAUAAGCUACGCCCGUCAGUAUGUGCAGCCAUCUCUGUCCUCCGAAGCAGCAGAGACUCUGCAGAGCUUUUACCUGUCUCUGAGAGCUCAGGGCCAGGCCGCUGACGCCACCCCCAUCACCACCAGGCAGCUGGAGUCUCUGAUCCGCCUCACAGAGGCCAGAGCCAGGCUGGAGUUGAGGGAGAUGGCGAAUAAGAGUGACGCAGAAGAUGUUGUGGAGAUUAUGAAACACAGUCUGGCGGACACAUACUCAGAUGGUCUGGGCAAUCUGGACUUUGAACGCUCUCAGUUGGGUUCAGGCAUGAGUCAGCGCAGCGCUGCCAAGAGGCUGGUCCAUGCUCUGCACACACAUGCUCAGAAAACCAACCAAAAAGAGUUUGACUUGCAGACCAUCCGUGGUGUGGCAGACAAGCUCAACAUCAAGGUCAUGGACUUUGAGGGGCUAUUGAGUUCCCUCAACGAGCAAGGCUUUCUGCUGAAAAAGGGGGCUAAAGUUUACCAACUGCAGACAGUGUGA